AUGGGAUUUACCGGAUACUCACUUGCACGUCAGGUUUGCCGGUAUAUUCCCAAGAAUAAUGUGUAUACUGUGCCGCACUAUUCGAGAUUCACCUUGUCUCCUGUUUUUACUCUCGGCAAACGGUGGUAUUCAAAGAGUACAACGGAGAAACUAAAAGCAGCCGAUCGGGAAAAACAAGUGGACCUGACACUGUUUCCUGCAGAGAAUAUACGCAACUUUAGUAUUAUCGCUCACAUUGAUCAUGGAAAGAGUACUCUGGCGGAUAGAUUGCUGGAAUUGACCAACACUAUCUCUGCGAAUGGAUCGAAUAAGCAAGUGCUUGAUAAACUAAAAGUGGAGCGGGAGCGCGGUAUCACCGUCAAAGCGCAGACCAUUUCCAUGUUUUACAAAUACAAAGGCAAAGAUUAUCUGCUGAAUCUGAUUGACACACCAGGCCAUGUCGAUUUUAGCUAUGAAGUGUCACGAUCUCUUGCAGCAUGUCAAGGCACUUUAUUGCUAGUGGAUGCCGCUCAAGGCAUUCAAGCGCAAACAGUCGCAAAUUUUUAUCUAGCUUACGGUGAGGGUUUGCACAUCAUACCCGUAUUGAACAAGAUUGAUCUUCCCGGUGCCGAACCUGAGCGUGUCACACAACAGAUUCAAAGUGCUUUUGAAUUAGAUGCUUCUGAUAUCUUACAAAUCUCGGCUAAAAGUGGCAUUAACAUUGAUGCGGUCUUGCCGAGCGUGAUUGAACAUAUACCUUGUCCUGACGGUUCUAUAACGAAACCUUUCCGGGCAUUAUUAUUUGAUUCUUGGUACGACAAAUACGUGGGCGUUGUAUGCAUGCUCGGCGUAAAAGAUGGCGUCAUUCGGAAAGGUGACAAGGUGAUUUCGGCCUAUUCCGAUGUCAAAUAUGAAGUGACAGACGUUGGAAUCAUGCAUCCAGAACAAAUGUCUACCGGUUAUCUUCAUGCGGGACAAGUAGGGUAUGUGGUAUGUGGCAUGAAACAUGCUUCGGAAGCCCACAUCGGCGAUACAUUCUACCAUGUCAACCAAAAAGUGGAAGUUUUACCGGGUUUCCAACCGGCUCAAUCGAUGGUGUUUGCUGGUAUCUUUCCUGUAGACACCAACGAUUUUCGAAAAUUGGAUGAAAAUAUCAAGAAACUGACACUGAAUGAUGCCAGUGUGAGUGUGCACAAAGAAACAAGUAACGCACUUGGCCAAGGCUGGCGUUUGGGAUUCUUGGGCACUCUUCAUAUGGAUGUCUUUAGACAGCGUCUGGAAAAUGAAUACGAGGCCAACAUCAUUGUGACGCAACCUACUGUACCUUACAGAGUGGUCUUCAAAGACGGAACUACUCGUAUUGUAAGAAAUCCAUCAGAUUUCCCAGAUUCGGAAGAGCGUGCUUUCAAGGUGUCCCGAUUGGAAGAACCCAUGGUACUGGCUACCAUGAUCUUCCCAGAGGAAUACAUGGGAAAAAUGAUCGAACUUUGCGGUAGCAGGCGAGGUGAACAGCAAGACUACGUAUUCAUCGAUGAAAAGCGUGUGAUGAUGAAAUACACCUUACCUUUGGCGGAAGUUGUCCAAGAUUUUUACGACGAAUUGAAGAGCCGUUCCUCAGGAUACGCUACAUUCGAUUAUGAAGAAGCCGGGUAUGAGGAGAGCGACCUUGUCAAAAUGACGGUCCUGCUUAAUGCCAAACCGGUGGACGCACUGUCUGUGAUUCUGCAUCGUUCACAGGUGGAGCAAAUUGGACGUGACUGGGUGAAACGAUUAAAGAAUGUCAUUCAGAGACAGUUAUUCGAAGUGGUGAUCCAGACUGCGAUCGGAACGAAAAUUGUUGCCAGAGAAACAAUAUCCGCUUUACGAAAGAACGUUACAGCCAAAUGUUAUGGCGGAGACGUAUCGCGAAAGAUGAAGUUGCUGCAAAAGCAAAAGGAAGGCAAGAAGCGAAUGAAAAUGAUUGGCAAUGUGGAGUUGCCACAAAAGGCAUUCUAUGAUUUCAUGGACAAAAAAGCAUAG